UGGGUAGAACAACAGAAAUCAAAAACCGAGACCAUGAGCGGAAAGAUUGUCUUUUUCGAGGGGAGGAACUUCCAGGGUCGCUCCUAUGAGUGCAUGAGCGACUGCUCUGAGAUCUCCUCUCAUCUGGGCCGAUGCAGCUCCUGCAGGGUGGAGAGCGGGACGUUCAUGGUCUACGAUCAGCCCAACUUCACGGGCCAGCAGCACCUCCUCACCAGGGGAGAGUACCCCGAGUACCAGAACACCAUCGGCUUCAAUGAGUGCAUUCAGUCCUGCCGCAUGGUCCCUGAGCACAAGGGACCCUUCAAGAUGAGGAUCUACGAGAGGGCGAACUUCGAAGGGCAGAUGCAGGAGCUGACCGACGACUGCGACUCCAUCCAGGAUCAAUACCAGAUGUCGGACAUGCAGUCCUGCAACGUGAUGGAGGGAUACUGGCUGAUGUUCGAGCAGCCAAACUUCGAGGGCAGGAUGUCUUAUCUGAAGCCGGGAAAGUACAGGAACCUCAAAGAGAUGAGCAGCGAAGACAUGAAGUUCAACUCCAUCAGACGCAUCACAGAAUCUGUCUAAUCACUUCUAGCUAAUAGGUUUUGCAGAUGCUUUGUUUUAUUAACAUUAACAAGAUGUGAGAGGCGAUACCAAAAGAUGAAGAAGCCUUGUUUUUUAUCCUGAAACUGUGAUUUGUGCAUUGUUUGCAUGUAGUUCCAGUUGUACGUGCAAUCCAGCCACGAUGAAUUUACCUCUAUACCUGUGUGAUGGGCACAAUAAAAUGAUU